UGUGUGAGGUAUUUAUCUGACGUGGGGCAGCUUUAUGGACCAGAGAGCAUGCACAGCGCUGCCUCUGCGGACUGUCAAGGCUAGAGUGGCACUUCACUAGCUCUCGGAUACAAGUGUGCAGCCUUUUAUCUCCGGGGAAGGAGCUCAGCCGUUCGCCCCGUAAAACAUGCCCAAUUUCAAACUGAAUUACCCGAGGUACAGCAACUCGAACGCGGGGGAGCGGCGGAGGUGAACUUUCGAAUCGUCAAGAACUUCGUCGCGCCUGCGAAGGGCGCCGCGCAAGCAAUCCUGAAGGACCCGUUACGGGCCCACGGCGGCUCGGGCGUCCUCGGCGCGCGGGCGUUCAUGUUCGUGCAGGUGCCCACGGGCACGUCCGUCCUCGACGCGGGCGCGAAGCUCUUCGCCGGCCGGCCGGACGUCUGGGACACCUUCCAGUGGCGCAAGGCGACGUGCGGCCUCGCGGCCGUCUCGGGCAAGCCGGGCUUCUUCGAGUGCACCAAGACGCCGGCCGACGUCGGCAUGGCGGCCUACAAGGCCCACAUCAACGCCACCUACUCCAAGAUCAUCACGGCCGACGACGUCGCGCGCAUGCACGCCGAGAUCGAGGGCAGCAAGGAGAACGCGCCGCCCGCCGCGAAGAAGGCCAAGUACCUCAAGAUGCUGUCGGAGGCCAAGUAGGCGCUCUCGCUCUGGCGCGUUCGUCACGCGUCGCAAGGGCGCGGCGCUCAAGGCCCCUCCUAAGUCUUUCGUCUCUCUCAAGGAAAAGCUCGCGGA